UGCCUCCUCCUCCGCGUACAAGAACCUCUCCCUCCUAGCCCGCCCUCUCCGUCCCGGCCGCGCGCGCAAGGCACGGCCUGCCUUAGCUAGCUAGCAAUGCCGCCGCGGCGGGCGAUCGAGGUGUUCCGGCAGGCCGCCGACGGCGCGGCGGCGCCGCCGCCGAGGUGGCGCAUGUCGCUGCUGGAGAACACGUUCAGCGCGUUCCUGCAGCAGUCCGGCGGCGGCGCCGGGGCGGAGGCCGCGGCGGCGAGGGCCGUGUUCGGGGAGGGGUCUCUGUUCAGCCCCUUCCUGUUCGGCAAGUUCUUCGACCCGGCCGACGCCUUCCCGCUGUGGGAGUUCGAGCCGGAGGUGCUGCUCGCCGCGCUCCGCCGCGGGGCGAGGACCACCGUCGACUGGGCCGAGACGGACUCCGAGUACUACUUGAGAGCUGACAUACCAGGAGGAAGGAAAUGCGACGUGGAGGUGAGCGGCGACGACGCGAUGCGGGUGGUCGACAUCAGCGGGCUGUGGCGGGCGCCGGCGCCGGACGGCCGGGACUGGCGCGCCGGCCGGUGGUGGGAGCACGGCUUCGUCCGGCGAGUGGAGCUGCCGGAGGACGCGGACUGGAGGAAAGUGGAGGCCUUCUUCGACGACGGCGAGGGGUCACUGGAGAUCAAGGUGCCUAAGAACGGCGACGCCCAUCAAGCGGCGGCCGCCACCGCCUGAGAAGAAAAGAAUAUUACCCUCGCCGCGCGAUUGGAGAGAACAAAUUAUUCUUCUUCUAACAGUGGACAGUGACGGUGAAGAUGGCACAAAACUUAAUAGAGAUUUAUUUCAAUCAAAAAAAGUAUCUCGAGAUACGAUAGCUCCCAAUACCAAAUCAUUUCUAAUCGUUAAAUCUAAUCGCGCAUAUCCUACUCAGCUGCUGAUCCAAUGGUAGAAAACAAUUUGGUACCUCGAGAUACCCGUACCUCAAGAUACUUUUCAUUGGACCGAAGAAAAUCUCAACUUGAUAAGAAUUUCUCGAGAUAUGGAGAGACCAAAAGCGAGCGAAGAUUAUCUCCACAUGUUGCAUAUGCAUCAUUAACGUCUAAUCCAUGUGCCUUGUUAUAUGUAUAGUUAACCGUUAAAAUGGAUCAUUAGCAUCGGUGCAGUGCAUGCAUCACAGUUCACACCAUCGCUGUCGAAUUGGUCGACGAUAAAAUGAGGCGUCAAGAUCAUAAAUUCGAUUCCGGAAUACAUGAACAUAUAUACAUAUCCAGGUCGCGGCUUUGAGAAA